ACUAAGCAACAGGUUAAUAAAAAAUCACGUGCGACUUUAUACGACAAAAAACUUUCACAAUCCCACCAACUGGUGUAGUUUAAUCCUCUCUCUCUCUCUCUCUCUCUCUCUCUCUCUUCACGGUCACUCAAAUGCACAGAGUUUAGAGUGUUGUUUCCCAUCUUCUCAGAGCCAGCCAAUGCUGAAAAUGCAGAGAGUUUCUUAACGAGGUUCAAGAGCUAAUGGGUGCCAAGAAUUCGAAAAGGUCAAUCUCAGGUCGGUACUCAUCUUAUGCAUCCAGUUCGAAUUCAUGGAGCCAUCAUGCCUAUCCGCAGUCAUCAUAUCCUCAGCCUAAUCACAGCUAUGCUCCUCCAACUCCAAGCUACGGUGAUCCACCCCCGGAAUCUAAGAGAAGGUUGGAGAGGAAGUACUCGAGAAUAGAUGACAAUUACAAUAACAUAGAUCAGGUUACCGAUGCCCUUGCACGUGCUGGUCUGGAAUCCUCAAAUUUAAUUGUUGGUAUUGAUUUCACAAAGAGCAAUGAGUGGACUGGUGCCAGGUCUUUUCAUAGGAGAAGUUUGCACCACAUCGGAGAUGAGCAAAAUCCCUAUGAACAAGCCAUAUCAAUCAUCGGAAGAACACUAUCCAAAUUUGAUGAAGACAAUUUGAUUCCCUGCUUUGGAUUUGGAGAUGCUUCAACACAUGACCAAGAAGUCUUCAGCUUCUUCCCCGAUGAGAGAUUUUGUGAGGGUUUUGAGGAAGUAAUGUCACGAUAUAGAGAACUGGUUCCCCAAUUACGACUUGCAGGGCCGACAUCUUUUGCUCCUGUCAUUGAAAUGGCUAUAACUAUUGUGGAACAAAGCGGUGGCCAGUACCAUGUUUUAGUGAUUAUAGCUGAUGGGCAGGUCACAAGAAGUGUCGACACUGAUCGUGGCCAGUUAAGUCCCCAAGAGAAGAAAACGGUUGAUGCAAUUGUCAAAGCGAGCGAGUACCCCUUGUCGAUAAUAUUAGUGGGUGUUGGAGACGGGCCUUGGGAUAUGAUGAGGGAAUUCGACGAUAAUAUUCCUGCUCGUGCCUUCGACAAUUUUCAGUUUGUAAACUUCACAGAAAUUAUGUCGAAAAAUAUGGAUCCUCCCCGGAAAGAGGCUGAGUUUGCACUUUCAGCUUUGAUGGAAAUACCUUCUCAAUACAAAGCAACACUGGAGCUCAACAUUCUUGGUGCUUCAAGAGGGAAAGGUGUAGAUCGGGUUCCUCUGCCUCCUCCUCUGUACGGUGCAGCUUCUUUCUCCUCACCAAAACCUUCCCGUUCAAACAGUUUCCAGCCAAGUGCACCUUCUUCUAGCGCACGCGAACCAAUUUCUAGAACCAGCCAAUCUGGAAGCCAUGCUUCCGAGAACCAUCUCUGUCCAAUUUGCAUCACCGAACCAAAGGAUAUGGCAUUUGGCUGUGGACACCAGACGUGCUGUGAAUGCGGGCAAGACCUCUCGUCAUGCCCGAUUUGUCGGAUGCCGAUUCAGACGAGGAUAAAGCUCUACUAAAUACGAUCACUCAGUUGCUUCAUCUCUCUCCAAUGUAGAGAUCUCAGUGAAGAAAUCUGCAAGUUGUCGUCUGAAGCUUUUGGCCCCUGCACAUCUACGUCGGUGUGAAACCUAGUUUAUUAUAGACGAGAUAUAAGAUUAAUUUCUUCAGCAUUAAUUAUCUUUGUACAUAUGCUUCAAUAUUAUUUUUUACGAAUAAGAAUUCUGUUUUGUUUUCGUUGAAGUAAUGCUAUUAUGACGAAAUUUGGAGUA